UUUUCUCAUUUUUUGCGUACAACGUUAAGAUUUUGCCGCUGGAUAUAUCACUGGAUUUUCAGCGCUUGCUUCAUAAAUAUAGUGGACUAUUAAAUAUUAAAUUACAUUUAAUUUGGUGUGUUUUUGUGAAAGUUGGUAAAUCAUCAGAAUGGAUCUCGAUGGUCCGCAGUUAAUUUCAAACAUCUUGUCUAGCGAAGAGUUGGAGCAGACGCCGCCUGGGGUGCAAGAGAAAUUGAAAACUUGGAUAAAGAGUUUUUUUGAUGAGUACUGCAAAAAUAAGGCUGCUGCUAAUCGACUUCACGACUAUGAACAAAAAUUAGAGGAGCUCCAGGCAACAGUUCAGGACUAUGAGCUUAAAUUGGAGAGCCAGAAUAAAAAUGUUGAGGAGCUACGCUCUCAGUUGGACAGUGUUUCUAGUGAACGUGUACAAUUACUGGAACAGUGCAGAAAUCAUGAAAUGGAUAUGGUUGCACUUCGAUCUGAACGAAAUUCCGUGGCAGAAGAAAGAGACUCCUUGUUGAAGUUAAUCGAACGCCAAAAGAGUGAGCUGGAUAGAUUACAAGAAGAAAUCCACUCCUAUCAACAACAACUGAAAAACGCUAUUACUUCAAAAUGUGAAGCUAUUGCAAGGGUCGAUGAAAUAGAAAGUCAGAAGGUAGCGCUUGAUUUUAAGGAGCGCCGCAUGGAACAGGAACGAACAAUGCUUCAUAAUCAGAUACGCACACUUACUGAUGAUUUAAAUCGUAAUAUAGCAGAACUUCAGAGCAUAAGACGUGAUAACACAAUGCAGGGUAUGCACCUUGAAGCCAGGCUUGCUGAAAAAACAGAGGAACUGAAAAUAGUUCAAACUCAAUGCACCCAAUAUAAGGAGACAAUUGAUAGGCUUACACAAAAUAUUCAAGAUCUAUCCACCAAACUUUUAAACCAAAAUGAAGAAGCUAACAAAAUGAUGGACUUUUAUAAAAAAGAACUAGAAGCGAAAACAAAAUUGGCUGAAUUAUACAAAAGCAAUUGUGAAGACACUGAUGUAGAGAGAAAUGAAUUAAGUACUGCUAUAACUGAUCUUAAACGUAUGUUGGCUGAAGCAAGUGAGCAGUAUGGAGAACUAGAAACGAAAUUCAAAGCUACACUUCUUCAACACGAACAAGAACUCGAAGAACGCGGUAAAGUGAUAGAGUCACAAAAAUCAGAACUGAAACAUGCCAAUGAUUUGUUAAAGGAGGUGCAAAAUGAAACAAUGGAGAGUGCUAUAUCAAAAAUUGCUCCAUCUGCUGCGAUUGCUAGUCGCCUUAUCCGAACGGAUAUGUCCCUUACUGAAUUAUAUUCAUUAUAUGUGAAGAGUUCCGAGGAACUUGACCUACAAAAGCGGGAAAACGCGCGUCUUAAUCUUCAGUUUAAGACAAUAUUGCAAGAAUUGAGCGAAAACGCACCAGUGAUUAAAAAGCAAGAGCUUGAAUAUGAGAAACUGAUAGAAACCAAUAACAUUUUGGCGCAUCAGCGCGAUGAAUUACUAAGCAAGAAGGUAGAUAUGGAAGAAUUAAUGGGCAACGCACAUUCCAAAAUUAACCAUUUAGAAAGAGAAAAUAAAAAACUAAAGAACUCACAGAACGACCUUAGCCGACAGGUUUGUUAUUUACUAAAGGAGGUAGAGCAAUUGCGAAUCGGACUCCUUUCGGACAAGGGCGCGGUACAGAGUGGAAAUCUCUCAACAACUGAUGACGUUAUAUCCAAAAAAUUAGUGACCUUUACUAACAUUGUAGAGCUACAGGAGAACAACCAAAAGCUCUUGCUUCUUGUUCGAGACCUCAGCACGAAGUUGGAAGAUGCUGAGACCUUGAAACAGCAAAUGGAUGCCGCAGCAUAUCAAGAAAAAAUUGAGAAUUACGCCAAGAAAUUCCAAUCGAUGCAAGAAACACUGAAUCAACAAAAUAAUACCGUUGCCACUUUGGUAUCGAAAUGUGAGCGUUACAAAAAAAUGUAUUUCGAACUCCAGAAAAACUUACAAAAGUCUGGAGCGCAUUCAGAACUGAGUGAUAUCGAAGACACUGAAAUGGGGGAAAUUGAUGAUACUGAAAAUAAAAAUAUGACAAACAUAUCUCAAAGUAAAAAUAGAAAGUCCAUGGAUGCGAACGCGGAACGUCGCAUACGAGACUUAGAGCAGCAGUUACAGGAAGUGAAGGACCAAUAUAAAACAUUAAAGGAGCAAUAUGAAUAUUAUACACAAGAGAAAAAGAAUAAUGAACGUAUAAUGAAUGAACAAUUUGAUUCAAUGCGCACAGAGGUUAGAGAGUUAACAUCAACAAAUUGCAAACUAAUGUCGUCGCUGGAAUACAACAAAGAGCAACUUAAAUUACAGCAAAAAAAUAUUUCGACCUAUAAGCAACAAAUAACUGCGCUUGAAGAUCGUAGUAAAAAUUAUGAAAAUACCAUUAUAAAGCAUGAACAGACAGUGCACUUCCUAAAAGACGAGGUCAUGAAAGCACAGCAUGGUCAUUCAGCUGCCCAGAGUGAAGCUUCUCACCUGCGGAGUGAGAAUCGUAUCUUAAAAGAUACAGUGAACCGUUUACAAGCCGAAAAAGAAGGUUAUCACCGGGACCAACAAAAUCAAAAUCUACUUUUAAAUAACUUGGAAAUGAUCAAAUCCAAUUUGGAGCGUUCUGAAAUGGAAGGACGAGCACGCUUGGAACAGAGGCUAGACGAAACUGUUCGUGAAUUGUCUGCUCAGCGUCGACGUUUCCAGGAGGAAGAAGAUCGGUUCCGAGAAACAACUAGUGACCUUAAGCGGCAGGCAGAAUCUGCAAAGAAGUGCAUGGAAGAAGAAAGAGGUCAGUCUGAAAAACUUCGAAAAGAAUUACAGGCGUUGCGCGAGGAGCUCACUAAUAAGACAAAUCAAAUCGACGAACUCAGCAAAAAGCUACAAGAAAGUUUAACACCUUCCAAAAAUGACAACCCAAUUGCUUUGGCAAAUAAGAAAACACGUGAAUUUGAAGUUAAACUCGAAGAAGCCAAAAUUGAAAUUAAUUCAUUAUCAAAUGAAUUGGCAAAGGCGCGUGAGCAUUCCGAUCAAUACUUUAAGAUGUCACAGAGUGCUGAAGCAGAAAUUAAAAGUCUUCAUGAAGUCCACACUACAUACACAGAAAAAACAGAGUCUCAAAUUAACGAACUAAAAUCAAUUGAAUUGAACCUUAAGUCAAGAAUCAGCGAACUGGAAGCAGAAGUGCAGCUCGCGUCUAUGACCGAAGUACCGAAUUCAAAUCAAUCCGAUCAACUGAAAAAAUCCAAAGAAGAGCUAAAAGAUGUUCUGCAGAAAUUAAGCGAGUGUAAUCGCAACCUGCGUGCGCUACGAACUGAAAAUACAUCGCUUUCGGAAUCGCUUAAUGCAGUACAGGGAAAAUAUGCCAAUGAAAUGGUACUACAUUCAGCUGAUAUACAAGAACUCACAAGAGUAAAGGAAGAAAUGACGAAAAUACAAGACCAAAUGAAUGCCUUAAUUACGGCAAGGGACUGCGCUAAGGAUCUAUAUGAGGAGCUGAAGGGCUCGCAUGAUGAAUCACUGCGUUUACUUCAAAAUGAAAAGGACGAAAUGGAAAAGCGGAUAGUUGAUCUGAACGGUCUCAAUUCGAGUUUGCACGAUCAAAUCGAAGCAUUGACCAUGAAGCUAAGCAUACUUAGUCAAACUCAACCAACAAAUGUAUCAUCAAACUCUUUGAAUGAAACAGCUAUGGAUACCUCUGGUACGGAAUUGAAUCGGUCGCGAUUAGAAGAUGAUCCCAAGAACAAUGAUCAAUUAUUGCAAAUAAUUAAAUAUUUACGCAAAGAGAAGGAUCUUAUCGACGCUAAGCUAGACAUAUUGAAAGCUGAAAACGCUCGUUUGCAGUCAGAGAAUAUGAUUCUACAAAAGAAACUCGACGAAUUAAAGGGAAGUCUUAACCAGGAGCGCGCCAAAUCUGAGACAUUGGUGGUUUCUGCCACAAAACAUGAGGAAAUUCUACGCAAGAUCGAAAAUCUAAAUGCCAUUACCGAUAGCAACAGAAUAUUGCGCGAGGAGCGUAACUCUUUAGCCGCACGUGUAAAAGAGCUCAACGAACAUAUUAACGCUAUUGAAAAUGAUUUAUUGCCUUUGCAGAACCAAAAUCGCGAGCUCUCCACUAAAAUCGAAGAGCUUACAUCUGAAAACACAUCUUUACGAACGGAAGCAAUUAAGUGGCGCCAACGUGCCAAUGUAUUGGUUGAAAAGAGUAAUAAGAAUCCGGAGGAGUUCAAGCGUUUACAAACAGAACGCGAAAAUCUUGCUAAGAUGUUAACGCAUGAGAAGGAGCUGAUGAAACAGACCACCGAUGAAUUAAACGCCAUUAAGACCGAAAAACUUCAACGCGAAACCGAGAUAGCAUCGCUUGAGAAGCAGAUCCAAACACUAACCGAAGAAAAGAAGAAAGUAAGCGAUGACUACGCUGGAGUGCGUCAAAAUAAUGUGCGUAUGUUGCAGGAGAUUAUGGAACUCAGAAAUAAGUUAUUGCAAAAGGAAGAGUCUCUACAAAAACUGACCGAAGAAAUGGAAUCUAAAGAGGCUCAAUUGCAAGACUCUAAAAAUAAAGAAUUCCAGAUUCGUAAAAUUGCUAAGCGAUAUAAGGACUCCUACUUGGAGUUAUCAAAUAAAACUGCGGCUGCUUCAACAGAUGGUGCAGCCACGGCGCAGGACAACAUGGAUCUUGGUGGUAACAGCGGAGCAGAAAGUGCUGUGGGAACCGCGGCAGCCGCAACCGCUGUAACUAAUGAGUUGGAACAGCAACGCAAUACAAUUGAGAAUCUCAAUGGGGUCAUACGUACUAUGCAAGAAGAAAGUGAAAAACUUCGCAAGGACUAUGAUGACUUAAAAACCGCCGUAGAAAUAGAUGAUCGCACCAAGACAUUAUUACGUGAAGCUAAAGCGCGUAUUGUCAGUUUGACUGAGUCGAAGAAUGCGAUCAGUCAAGAGUUGAAUACAACCAAGAGUAAGUUGCAAAACGUACUUCAAACUUCAGAGAAUGCAGACGCAACGAUCAAUAGCAUAAAGACUCAAUAUGAAGAAACAUUGUCCCGACUUGAAAAAGAAUUACUUGAACAAAAUAAUCAAAACAAAGAAGCCAUCGUCAGACUUAGCAGGGAAAAUGAAUCCUUGCUUAUGCGUAUUAAUCAACUAAAUCGUCAACUUGGCCAACAAUCUGCCAAGCCAUCCACUAGUUCAGUGGCAAUUACAGAUAAGGGAUCUAUUUCGGAAUCUUCACCUAGAACCGCAAAUGUCAAGCCGAUGUCGGGCUCAACCACUGUGCAACAGUCGGCCACAGUAACACCAUGGCGCGGUAGUGAAACUCCUUUGGCCAGUAUUCGCCCAAUAUCGGUCCAGAAUAGUCGGACCGCUGCUAUACUCCCUACAAGCCAGCAGCCCGCAGCUGGCGGCUCAUCGACAUCGACGUCCACUUCAUCGUCAAGUACCACAACCGUUUCAACCGGGUGCAGCAAUACUGCUUUAGUUCCACCGCAACAACAAGUACAUACUACUGGCAGCAGUUCCAUUGAAUCAAUGUCAUCAUCGCCAACUUCAUCGCACACAGAUUACAUGCCUUCUACUAGUAGCUCGGCAUCUGUAGCAGUUGCUGCAAUUCCCCCUAUGGGCUCUACAUCUGCGGCCGAAAGCUCUCAAGAAGCCGAGAGCGUCCAGCAGCCGCAACAAAACGAAUCACAAUUGCUUGUUGGUGGCGGACAACCACAGGUGGUGGCUCUGGUUUCACCACGCGUUGAAGGCUCUUCACAAAAUGUUCCUUCCCCGAAUUUGCAGCUUCAACAAGAUCCUGGAAAUCAGCAACCAAGCACUUCAGGCACCACCAGUUCGAGCACGCACAUCGCUGUUAGUAGCCACAGCCGCCACACACCUUCAAGCAGCAACGUUACCACAUCACAGGCCGGAACGUCGGGUGGACAUAAAAGGCCUCGUGAACUAGAAGGUGACUCAUCAACAAAUGUUGAAGACAGUACUGCCGAUAAAGCUCUUAAACAUCCAAAGCGCCUGCGUGGCUCUGAGCCAGCUAUGCUGGGUGUAACUGAAUCCGGAAUCGAUGUUGAGUACCAAGUACCAACUUCAUCUCAACGCGAUCAAGAAGAUGAUAUAGUUGUGGUGGAUUCCGAAGAAGAAGACGACGGUAUGAUUGAAGCUGAUGACGGCCCAACCGACGGCGAUGCUGAGCAUGAAGGUUACGAGGACUCUUAUGAGCAGGAUCAAGACAUGGAUGAGAAUGAUAUUCCAGAAGUAAAUGAAAGUAACAUAGGUGUAGAUGCAGAAAUCGAUAACAAUGAAGUGGAUGUCGACGAAGGAACUGAAAACCAGGCUCAUUGUACGUCGGGUACAGACAACCAGUCAGAUGUACAUUAUAACACAGGAGCUAGUACAAGUCACGCAGCAGCGGCAUCAAUGGCACAUAGUCAUGAUAUGGAUAGUCAUCAGCAGAGCCAAACUAUCAGUAGCGGUAGUUAUGAGUCCAACCCGAAUGCAACCCAACCGGCAACUCAACAAUGGAAACAGACUCGACCCCAGAAACCUACGGCCAUGUUGCAGCAUCAAGGUUUGACCGGUAAUGUAAGUGAAAGUGGAGAGCAAGAUCCCAGCGGAAGUCGCCCAUCAGAUAGUGGUGCAGAACUGGUGAGUUCACCACAAGGUUCGAAAUUUGGAAUAAGUGAGACAGGAACACACUCCGAACAACAUGAGAGUAAAAUGACUACAAAUGAGGCGACUGAAGAAAAUGGAGCCGAAGGUGAAGAGCUUGUGGGUGACCGUAGCGAUGAGAACGUCCCUGUUGCUUCAAAAAGUGGUGGAUCAAGCGACGCUGUGCUGGCCGCAGAAGAGGAUAUGGAUAAUGUUGAGGAAGAUUUUGCAGAGGAUGCUGCUGCUAUAGAAGUUUCUGAAAAUGCAGACAGCGAAAGUCAUAAUAGCAGUGGAGCUACGCAAUCUGAAAUACAAGAUAUUCAGCAAAACCAAGUAGAAGCAACAUCUGAGGAUAAUGAAGGCGCAGAUGGUGUUUCAUCGGAAGGUGAAAAACAAGCCGUGGAGGAAAUAGAAGAAGAAGGACGUGAAGCUGAAGCCUCCACUUCACCAUCUAUAACGACACGUUCUAAGGCUAUAAAGAGCACGGGUAAUGUACGGAGACCCCAUCGUGGAUUUCAUCGCGGCGGGAGACCAACGCCCAUAAUUUGGCAAGACGGCGCUGGACACUCGCGCAAUGUAUCUCCUAAUCAUCGUGGACAAGAGCCUCCCGGUAGCCCACUUCGCGGUUUUCCAAACCAGCGUUCACAACGGGCGCGUCGCAUGCGUCGUCCAACUGGCGGAAAUUACGGAAACAUGCGUUAUUCAUAAAUAUUAGCUAUUAAAAGUAGUAUUUAGAAAAUACAAAUACAUAUAUAUCAUACUCCUUAUAUUCCUCAAUAUAUUUAUGCAAAACAAUACCA